AUGCCCCUCCGACCGCUGGGUGCCUUGCGCCCUCGGUGCAUUCAACAUCGAGCUCUUCGCUCACCCUUUCUCGACCAAAUUCUCCUCGGAAACUCCUUCCCAACGCACUCUUCAAGAAGCCUUACCACCCAGAUCAAAAACACCGAAGCGUCCGAAAAAGAUGCCCACAAGGAACGUGUAGUCAUUCUCGGAUCGGGUUGGGGCGGAUAUACCUUGUCUCGCCGGAUCUCUCCGACUUCCUUCUCGCCAAUCGUCAUCUCACCGCGUUCCUACUUUGUUUUCACUCCUCUUCUUACCGACGCGGCAAGUGGGUCUCUCGACUUUUCUAAUAUUGUCGAACCUGUGCGUGACCCGCAUGCCAAGGUUGAUUUCAUUCAAGCUGCGGCGCGAUCGAUCGAUCUCAAGAAAAAGACGGUUCUAUGUGAGGCCACUGUGGUGAAGAGUGGUGUCACCGAGACAAGCACCGAAGAGGAAAAACAGGACGACAAUGCUGAGGUCACGAAGGGAUACCGGUGGUGGGAACGGGGCGAGAUGUUCGAGGUCCCUUAUGACAAGCUUGUUAUUGCGGUUGGUGCUGUGAGCCGCACCUUUGGCACACCCGGGGUUAAGGAAAAUGCCUUUUUUUUCAGGGACAUUGGCGACGCCAAGCGUGUGAAGCGGCGGGUACGCGAGUGCUUUGAAUUGGCUGUGCUGCCGACCACAACACCUGAAAUGCGGAAAUGGCUGCUCCAUUUUGCUAUCGUUGGGGCGGGUCCGACAGGUACUGAGCUGGCGGCAUCGCUUCGUGACUUCCUCUACAAGGAUAUGAUGAGCUUGUAUCCAGCCCUCGAUGACAUUCCCAAGAUCACUCUUUACGAUGUGGCGCCUAAAGUUUUGUCCACGUUUGACGAAUCGCUCUCUCGAUACGCCAUGGAAACUAUGAAGAGUGAAGGAAUCAAUAUUAAGACUUCUCAUCAUGUUGAGAGUCUCCGUUGGGGGGCGCCAGGCGAAUCACCACCUCACGAGAUGGAUCCCAAGCGCUGCCUGACCAUGAAAACCAAAGAAGAAGGCGAGGUUGGAAUUGGAAUGUGUGUUUGGGCCACAGGGAAUGCCCCUAACAAGUUUAUCAGGGCUCUGGACAAAGUGGAUGAAUUCCCCACGAAAUCUGUCAACACGAGCCAGCCAACCGAGGAUGAACAAGUCUGGGAGUUCAAGAAGGUCUCCAAGAAGGGUCCUCUCCUUGUUGACGGAUAUUUGCGCGUACAGCUGCAAGACGAGAAUGGUCGUACGGUUGUUCUCCAAGAUGUCUACGCGCUAGGUGACAACGCCAUGAUCGAAACCGGAGCACCACCUGCUACGGCACAAGCUACUUUCCAAGAGGCCAAAUGGCUGGCGACACGGAUGAAUAAGAAGGACGUUGACCAGACUCCACCUUUCUCGUUUCGUAACCUGGGGGCCAUGGCCUAUAUCGGGGAUGAGAAAGCUCUCAUGCAGAUUCCACACGACGACAAGACCGGCAAACGCAGCAAGUACCUACCUGAAGGGAUUACGGGAAGAAUGGCGCAUUUGAUAUGGAGGGCAGCAUAUCUAUCUAUGAGCUUUAGCACUCGCAAUAAGCUUAAGCUUGCUUUCAGGUGGACGAUCAACCGGAUCUUCGGAAGGGAUAUUUCACGCUUUUGA